GUCCUCAACACCUAUCAUUUAUAUUUGUGCCUAUACUAGAAUUUCCCUUAAAAUCAUCUCCCUCUUCUGUACUCCCUCUGAUCGCAAUUGCCACUUCCUUACGCUUGCAAGUUAACUCAUCCAAUUCAACUACUUCACACGCUAUUCUCCUUCUUCUCCGAUUCACGUAAUCGGAGAAGUUUCAUCCAUUUCACAAUCUAGGGUUUCAUUUCAUCCAAUUAUGAACUGUGAAGUUUGCCAGCUCAAAGAACUCGAACUCGAACACUUUGAGAUACGUGAAGUUCUGCGAUGUAUAUUACACACCAUCAUUUUUCAUCGUGCGUUAGGUCUUGUUCGUCCAAAAGAUGUAGACUUGGAACUCUUUGAUGUUACUUAUGUUCAAUGUGGAGAGGUGGAGGUUGAAAAGAAAAUAGAAGAGAAAAUUGAGCAGUUUAUUUGUUGGGUGGAGAAGCAUCCGAACAAAAAGAGUCAGAUAUGCUUAUCUUUCUAUGAGGUUAAAAACAAACAGGCAUCUUGGUUUAGUAACAAGAUUGAACGCCUGUAUUGGGAGCAAUGGUAUAUUAAUCUGAAUGUAGCCCAGCAUCUGAAAUCACAUUCUAGCAAACCUCAUCGUUCUAAAUUUGUUGAUCCAGGAGAGGGAGCAUUAGAGGAUAGAAAUGCUCGCAGUGCAGCACUUGAAGUAUCGCUUCGUGAGGUUUUAUUUCAAAUAAUUAAAUUUGUCAACGAGAAGAAGGAUCAUGUUCCACCAAUACCAAAUCUCGAGGGUGCUAUUUCAUUUCCCUAUGAAAUUACAAUACCUAGUUCAUCAGAUUCUGCUUUUGGGAUGGACAUGAUCAAGAGAAUGCUCCAGACUGGGCAUCCAACAAUGCUAAGUUGAUCUUCAGAAUUAUAGAGUAGCUUAUGAGAUUAAAUGGAUUAUUGUUCAUAUGUUGGAGCUGGAAAUCUCGUGAUAAAGAAAGCUACUAUGGAAAGCAAGGUUCAAUCUUUCUGUAAAUAAAGAAGAAUCUAAAAGACCUAAAAGAACCGUUUGUCUUUUCAAAUACUUCCUUAUUUCUAAAUCUCAUUUUCAUAAUAUUGUAUUUAUUUCUUUCAUAUUCUCUCCAUAGCUCAGAGUUCUGUUGAAGGUAUCUCCAAUGUCAUGUGUGACCCAGAUCACAUACUGUCACAAAUUGCGUCAAUAUGACGAUGAGUCUGGCUACUAUAACAAAAGAUGAACACUUGCAUAUCUGUAUUUUCCAGUUCAGUGGUUCUGCUUGUUCCUAAUCAUUUACUUUAUCUAAUAUAUAUAUUUUGCUUGAGUUUGUAAACCCCACUUGCAUAAUUCUAUGCAAUUUUUUCAA